AUGAUUCCAGUCUUGUUAAACUCAUUUACUAACGUAAUUGUUUCAAGAUCGAUAAUAUUCGUUGAUGUUAAUACACGUUUGUGUAAUAAACUAAGUGGUGAUGAUAGACCCCGUUUCUUAUAUUCUGUAAAAUCAAUGACAUCUUCAGCAGCAAGAGCAAUGGCAAUGUUUGUAUCCGUAUUGGGAAUUAUAAUGAUGCCACUCAUCGUUGUUGGUCAAGGUGUAUUUGAUCCACCAACAAUGACUGCAGCUGGAUGUUCCGGUACAAAUCAAUGGACAGCAUGGCUUGAUGUUAGUGAUCCAACUAUAGCUAAAGGAGAAUUUGAAGUUACAAAACAUUUACAACAAUUGUAUCCAUUAGUUAUGUGUCCAUCGCCGACUGCUAUUGAAACUCGUACAGUAUAUGACGCCGCUCCCGCAUCUACGGGUGAUGUCUUUAAACUAACCAUCAUCGAUGGUUUAAUGUGUUUGAAUCCAUUUGUAACCGGUUUUAAAAACAAAAUAUGCACUGAUUAUAAAGUACGAUAUUGUUGUCCAAGGACUACAAUUGGUCAGAUAACAACUCCAGUCACUCCUAUUCGUGGUACAUGUGGUAGACAGCAGAUACAACCAUAUAGGCAACGAAUUGUGGGUGGAAUCGAUGCUGUACCCAAUUCCUGGCCAUGGCUCGUUUCUCUCCAAUUAAUGGGUUCACAUCAGUGUGGAGGUUCCCUAAUUGACAACAGACACGUUUUAACAGCAGCUCAUUGUUUAAAUCAAAAUCUGAUCGGUCAGUAUUCUGUUGUUGUCGGUAUGCAUAACCGUCUUAAUCUAAAUACUGGUUAUACUCAACGUAUUCCAAUUCAACGCAUAUUCAAACACGAACAAUACAAUCCUGGUCGAGAAGACAACGAUAUUGCUAUAUUAAGACUAAGUGUACCUGUUACAUUAAAUCAAUAUACCAGUAUUGUUUGUUUACCGGGACCCGAUCCACCAGUAAAUGCAAACGUCAUUAUUGCUGGAUGGGGAUUGACAUCAGAAAGGGGACGUCUUAGUGACAAUCUACGUCAAGCAACAGUACAAGUGAUGGAACCACGUUGUUCACAAGUAUAUGCACCGUUUACUGUUGUCAAACAAAUAUGUGCCGGAAAUAGUCAAUAUACAAAAGAUUCAUGUCAAGGUGAUUCAGGUGGACCGUUGAUGUACGAAGCGAACGGACAAUGGUAUAUCAAUGGAAUCGUUAGCUAUGGUGAUGGUUGCGCAAAGGCUGGCUAUCCAGGCGUAUAUACACGUAGCUCGCUGCGCAAUUUUACAACAACAACACGAGAAGUGACAUUAUUUAUAGAAAAUCGUAGUACAUUUACAAUUCAUUAUGCACUAUGGCCCCUUUUAUCGUUAAUAUUACUAAUUAUCGGUGUAUGGUUGAGUAUUUAUUUAAUGACUACAUUUUGUCGAUCACAACAUGGUCAACGAAAAAACUUUGCAUCAUAUUAUACAACACAAGAAAGCACUAUGGGAGAAAUAACAUCAAAACGACCGACUCAUCAAGAGAAUGAAACAUCGUCAUGCGCCCAACAUUGCGUUUAG